ACAUCAAUGAUGCCGAGGAUGCUGUGGGGAGUUUGUUUUCGUCUAGCAUUGGUUUCAAUUAUAUCACAGACGUGUGUAAGCACUGAAGCAGAUGUAAUCCCAGCUCCAUGUCGAGGGCUUUACUGUGGAAGAGUGCGACAUGAAGAUGGGUCAUUUGGUGACUGUGGAGCAUGCCCUCAUGGCCAGAGACCCAACAACUCAGUGUGUUCACCUUGUGAGAACACUCCACCUUUGUAUGACUGGUUGUAUCUAGGCUUCAUGGCCAUAGCCCCCUUAGUCUUGCAUUGGUUCUUCAUAGACUUCACUAAUGCUAGGAAAGUACAUGGUCUCUUGGUGUUGCACAUCUCAGCCUUUUCGGAAUCCCUUUUAGCUGCUGUCAUGACUCUGUUGGUCUCUCAGCCUCGAGGCAGGCUCAGUAUCUCGUCAUGCCAUGUAGAGAGACUCAGUGACUGGUACACUAUGCUGGAAAACCCAAAGAUUGACUACACCACUACUAUCCACUGUACACAAGAAGCAGUGUACCCAUUGUACACCAUAGUGAUGAUAUACUACGCCUUCUGUUUGGUCUUCAUGAUGCUUUUUAGGCCUGUGAUCUCAGCAAAACUUGUUGGAGGAAAAGGAACAAAGUCCAUAUAUGCAGCUUUAUAUUUCAUUCCUUCAUUGGUCGUUAUACAGGCAGUGUUAGGUGGCUUAAUGUAUUAUUCAUUUCCAUACAUAUUGGUAGUUGUGUCCCUAAUAACUCUGGCCCUGCAUCUAGCAUCAUUUGAAGAUCAGGAUAUCAAAUCCUUGGUCAAAUCCAAUUUCACAGUUCCUCGUAACCUGGCAGUGCUGGUAGGACAUUGGUUGUUACACACAUACGGAAUAGUAUCCAUCACAGAAAUGAGAGAGCCAUGGUUACAUGGCCCACUUCUGGCCUUGGUGCCAUUGCCAACACUGUAUUACUUACUGACUGCUAAGUUUACAGACCCAGAUAAUUUAAAUGUGGUUGAUGGCUGACUGUCAGUAAUAGAAAGGAGGUAAAUAUUCGUUUUCUCUCUGGCACCUGCUGGCAGGGCUUGCAAUUAACAUGAAGCUGUUCCCCUGAGAGGUGACUGGAAUACAGAAGAGAGACAGAACUGUUAAGUUUCCAGCAGAACUAGUGUUAAAUGAGGGGCAGCAGAUUAAUAUUUUUGUGCUGCAUUAGUCUUCAUUCUUGAAAAGCUGCAAGAACAAGAAGGGAUAUUUUUGUGUUUUUAUUGAAAUGGGGAAACACUGAGAUUUAAACCAACAGAGCAUGAAUUUAAUUGUUAAAUAGAGGAUCAGAGAGGUGAUACCGCCUUAGGGUAAUGUACCACCAGCUGGAAUAAGUGCAUUCAUAUGGAAAACAACAAAAAAAGGGUCACAACUGUGCUUGUAAAGUAUGAAGUGCCCCCCUCCAAGUUACAUGCACACCACCCAAAAUGAAAUGACAGAUUAAGCCCUUAGACCAGAAGUCACUCCCAUGCUUUCAG